AUGGCAUCUAAAACACCUGGCGGCCAAGCAGCCUCAGCAAAAUUCCAGAAGCAACAACAACAAACCCACGGUAUCGGCGCCGACAACGCUCCAGGCAAGACUGAAGGCAACACCGUGGACAAGACCCCAGGCAAAGCUCCCGUGGCCUCUGAUUCGGGGUCGACGGGUGUCGGCGUUGAGGGGGGCACAAACCAGCCUGGUGAGAAGGGCAUCAAGGGCGAGCCGGUGGACAGCCAGCCACAGAGUGGGAGCGCGAAUAUGAAGUCUUAA